AUGACAGACACGACGCUGGCGGAGGAUUUGGCUGGGGAGAAGGGGGAGAUGGGAGGGAGACAUCAGACUCUGAGAUGGACACAGCCAUGCAUGAGACAGGCCGUGCGCCGAGAGCCAAAGAAGUGGCCAAGAUCUGGGCCUGGAGUACAAGCCAAAGCAUCAAAGACACAAAAUUCCCCUGAAAACGCAGCGAGGGAGAGGAGCCGAGUGCGAAACCUGCGCCAGGCAUUCCAGAGCCUCCAGGCCGCCUUGCCAUCGGUUCCUCCGGACACAAAGCUCUCCAAGCUGGACGUUCUGGUCCUGGCUACCAAUUACAUCGCACAACUCACUGAGACGCUAGACCAGGGAGGAGCGGUGUGUGAUCAUCCCGUGCUACAGAGAGCUGAAGGCUACCUGCACCCUGUGAAGAAGUGGCCUAUGCGCUGUCUGCUGUACUGUGGGAACAUUGGCGAGCGACUAACAGGAGCAAACCCCAGUCAGGAGUGUCAUACACCCAACAGCACAGCUGAGGUCCAAGCAGACUGA